AUGGCGUGGAGCGCGACGAUGAUCGGUGCCCUGCUGGGAUUGGGCACCCAGAUGUACUCCAACGCCCUGCGAAAGCUACCCUAUAUGCGCCAUCCAUGGGAGCAUGUCGUCGGAAUGGGAUUGGGGGUGGUGUUUGUGAACCAGCUUGUGAAAUGGGACGAAAAACUUCAGCAGGACCUCGACAAGAUGCUCGAGAAGGCUAAAGCUGCCAACGAGCGCCGCUACCUGGAGGGAGACGAUGAUUAA